AGUUUUGAUUCUAAAUUCAAAACCGAUAGUGAUAUGUUUAAUUAGGUUAUAACUAAAAAAUAUUCUAACUUUGAGAAUGAUGUGCUUCUAUUCUAAUCGAAUUAUCGUGUAUAAGAAAAUGUAUAUAAAUGCCAUCGAUUUUCUUUCGUUCUAUCAACUUGUAAAAUUUCAUCAAAAUUAAAAUGGACGACUUCAAAGAUGCUUCCUUUGAGUAUCUCUUCUCCUUUGGGAAUGUAAGAAAAAGGAAAUCUAACCCUUUUCUCGGAAGCAACAUUAUUGAACGCAGCACGUAAUCUUUAAUUGACCCUCCUAUAUAUCUUCGGAGAACAGUGUGUCGGUGAAACGAAACUUAUAAACUAUAUGACAACCUUUAUGAACAAAAAAAAAUGAUGACAUUGGAAUAAAGAAAGAUACUUCUGCAAAAAAAGGAAUCAGUUUCUAAUAAACAGAAAUAUUACAAAAAGGAAGUAUUCAAACUCUGCGAAUUAUUACAAAUAUAUCGUAAAGAUACCGACGCUAAUUCAAUAAAUUUUCUCAUUGCGAUAGAUAAAUUAAGACUGAUUGAAAUUCAUAAAAAACAUAGUAAAGUUUACAAACAAAACAUCUUAUUAUGGAAAUAAUAAGCAAACAUAAACAACUCUUCAGAAACAUUGAAAUUCAAUAUACGUUUCGUAAACAUUGCUCGAAAUCCAAUUUAUCCAUCAUUUAACGAAAUAGUUUACAUAGAGUUUUCUCGAAAGAAGUCUCGUUCGACAUCUUAGCAAAUCCUCUUUUUGAAUGGGGUCUAGGCUCUCUUGGACACCAGAUAAUAAAGAUCUUAUUCCGAUGGUAGAAACUUUCUUAAAAUUCAAUGUAAGCUCCAUGAGUAUCUCUGAAAGAUCCGGUCGACAACCCCCGUCGAACAAGCAGCCCCUUCAGCCGAUGGCGACGGUGCCUGGUUUCCUGGUUACCAUGGCGAUUCUUUUGCUUGACAGGUGGCUCCAAACCCCACCCCACCCACCUCCACCUCCACUUCCUCUUCCUCCUCGUCCUCCUUCUCCUCCGUCAUGCCGUACUACCCCUCUAGACUCGUUCGUUCUGCCUGCCACGACUACGACGAACCAAUCGCGCACAGCGAAAAAAUAUUCAAUCACGCGUCAAGAACUGGAGGGUGGUAGUGGUAUGGUAGUGGUGGUGGUGCUUGCGUCGGUUCUGACGAUGGUAGUUGCCGAGGAGAAUCAACUCCGUUCUCUCUCUUUUUCUCUUUCUUUCUCUCUUUUUCGUACUCUUUCUAUUUCCCGCUUGCUUACUCGCUUGCUCAUCCCACUCUCCUUUCACGGACGAGAAACGAAAGUCGAUGGCGGUGGUAUGGUGAUCGAACCACCCCCUUCCGAUGCGGAGAAACAGCAAACCCCUACCCCGAUCAAAGUACGAUGGAAUAAUAAAAUGCCUCCGAUUACAUAUUCAAAAUCAAUGGCUCCGUACCUUCUACAUACAAAGGGGUGGGUGGGGUUUACCUCCUCCACUGUCAAGCUUACGAAGGGAGCAGGCAAGCGGAAUAUGGUCGUACAUACUCUAAGACAAUUGAAGAGAAAACGGAUGAGAGAAUGCUACGCGAAGAUUAAUCAGAGACUAAUUGAUCCUCCUGAGAUUAAGGUCAACCUUUCAAGACGGUGCAUUGAGAAAAAUCUGUUGGUAAUGGAAUUAAAUCAGAAUGAUAAAAAAUGAGUAAAUCCUUACUAAAUUGUAAUCUUCAAAAUUAAUUUCUAACAAUAAACAUUUA